CUAUCUUUGGACUUUAUACCGCGCACCGGAUUUUCGGCUGGCUCCGGGGGCUCCCUGCUCUCUGCUCCCAAAAAGGGUAACGUCAGCGAUGGAUUUGAUUUGAAUCCGCAAACCCUGAGAGCAUUCCUCGGGACCUGGAACUAGGACCGACAUCUCAGGAAAAGGGGGAUUCGUUCCUUGAGAAAGGCUUGUAGGAUUGGAUUUGUCUCUCCCCUGACUUGGAUGGAUGGCUAACUCUUCAACCCCAUAGUGUUCAUCCUGUGUUAUCUUCUGUUAUUCAGUCUUAUGUUGCUACUGUGUGGGACUGUGACUGUACCCCUCUGUACUCUGGUGGAGUAUUGACAGUGAAGUAACUCAUCCAGGCAUGUUGUGUGAAGUGGCACAUGGAUUACGCUAAUUGAGUACAUUUCACUUCUGUGUGAGAAGUUGUAAGAAGUACACAGUGCCCUCCCUAACUCAAGGGCCAGUUGACGUCAGAGGAGGAAGUCCCCCCGGGUCACCCUCCAUCCAACAACAGUCCUGAGGAUGCUUAAGGAAGCUCAAUAGAACUGCACUCUCUGGUCCGCCAUUUUGGUUCUACGUCUUUAAAGGGCUCUAUGGUUAGCAGUGGGAGUCCGCCCACCAUGCUUGUCGUCAUACGGAAAAGAAGUUGGGAGGAUCACGUGACUCACCGCUCCGGGUUACAGUACAGCUACGACGACCUGGACCUGGUCUGUUGCCAUGGUGUCAGCGGCGACGGGCCUCGGCUGGCAUCGGAGGGGUCCAAGCAGGGGCGCAGGGAACGAUGUGCCUCCAUGCCGGAGUGCUGUCACCGGCCACGCCCCGAUGGCCUCAACAAUGGGUCGGGUCACAAAUUGGAGUUUGUGACCUCGGUCAACGUGGAGGACAAUGGCGAUCACUCUGAGCCGGGGCACGUGAUGUCAGCAGGCGACUUUGAUUCAACUGUUGUCCCUGUGUUCCAGGCUGAGCUGGUAGACGGCUCUGAUGUGGCUGUUGAUGAUGAUGACCUCACCAGGAGGCUGACAGAGUCUGAACCUGGAGGAAUGCCGGACGCUGGUGUGGACUCAGUUGGCAUCCAAUCUCACUGUGACCUGGGCAAUGGGAUUCUUCAGCCAAAGCCAAACAUCAUCUGCACUGCAGACAGCGGUCAUGAGGAUGAGGAUGACAUUGAGGAUGGCACCGAUGAUAACGAGCAUCCCAACGUUGUUGACGACCGCGUUGCAAUCAUUGUUCAAUCUGUCUCUGUUGACGAAGGACAAAGGGUCUCUAUCUGUCCGGACAAUGGAUUUUCACUGGCCUUUUCUGUUGGUGAGAAAACUGGCAGGCAUUCAGAACUCCUGGAGACAAUGGCCGACCAUACAGACGGUCAGGUUGGACUUCCAGAACCCUUAGUGGACACACAGACCCAGUCUCCUCAUACUGAAGUUGAACCACGAGAGGACCUCUCCACCUUGGAUGAAAGCAACAUUACUGACCCGGGUAAAAGAACAGGAGUAAUACAGCCAGCGGCCAUUUUGGAUUCCUCAAACAAACCAGAGUACAAUAGUGAUGUAAUAUCAGAUGUUAACGUGGAGAUCUUGGAGGCUUCUGUUGCAGACGUUAUGGAGGGGGAAGCUAUGGGGGUAGACGUUGAGAGUAAAGCCUUAGAAUGGAAGGCGGAGGAUAGUGUUGAAGGUGCUGACGGAUUGAAUGUUCAGAGGAAAAUGUAUGAAAGUGGUGAUAAAUUUACGAAGAAUACGAGUGGCGGCUUGGGGUCCAAAGACUCAACGUGUUCUGAAGAACUAACCUCGGCUGUAACAGCCCAAGGACAGCACAGCGAUGGUGGCUCAAAGCUGAACACCAUCCAUGAGAUGAACCAAUCUGAAGCAGAGGAUGACUCAGUCCUACUGGGGAGACAGGGGGCUUCGGACAUGGGUAUAUCCACCUCUCCAGCAGCCCGGCUGCCCAAUAUGGACACUCUCAGUCAACCAACGUGUCCUAAGGAGGCAAAUGAGCCCUUGCUGGAGAGAUGCCAUGGAAACCAAGCCCCUGUUAAACAAUUAGGUGAGUCACCUGUUUUAGAGGCAGCCGACGGUCCGAAAGAACAGGACAGGCCCGGUGAUACACAAGCUGUAAUACACGGUGAUACACAAGCUGUAACGGAGGCGAUUGAGGAAGUAACGCAUCCAGGCAACCACGGCAACACUCACCUUGGCGACAAGGCUUCAGACGUGAAGCGAGAGGCCAGAUGCGGGGAUGACAAGGGGGAGGACCAUGUGGUGAAACUUCGCACUAGAAAGAGUUCUAGAGAGGAGCAGGAGCGUUCUCGUCUGGACUCCAUGGUGUUACUGCUGAUGAAGCUAGACCAACUGGACCAGGAGAUCGACACGGCCCUCAGCGCCUCCUCCUCCUCCUCCACCUCCUCCAUGGCCAUCACCCCCACGCUCAGAAGACACCACCGACGGCUGCAGGAGCACAAACAGAGGCCUGAACACACAGCUGCAGGAGCACAAACAGAGGCCUGCCUCAGCCUCUCUCAGCCUCUCAGACCCUCAGCCCCUCUCAGCCUCUCAGCCCCUCUCAGCCUCUCAGCCCAUCAGCCUCUCAGCCCCUCAGCCCCUCAGCCUCUCAGCCCCUCAGCCUCUCAGCCUCUCAGCCUCUCAGCCGCUCAGUCUCUCAGCCACGGUCAAACAGGAGAGGGAAAGAAAUGA